GCCAAGGCUAGUUGGCCUUGGUGUUGCUUAGCAACGAUGUGUAAUCGUUUUGCUAUAGACUUAGCAUAUAUGCGGAAAUAAAUAAAGAUAAAAGAAAUUUAUUGUUUCUAAACAUGACACCUAAUAUAAUAAGGGCAAAAUGUAUAAUAGUUGGAGAUGCAGCAGUUGGCAAAUCAGCAAUCAUCCAUGCAUUUCUUCAUGACAGUGAGAAAUUUCAGAAAAAUUACAUAAUGACUUGUGCAUUAGAAAUAAAAUCAAAGAUGAUAAGUGUUCCAGAUACUAAUGACGCUGUUGAACUGCUGCUGUUUGAUUCAUCUGGGAAAGACACAUAUUUAGAUUUUCAAAUUAAAAUGUGGCAUCAUCCUUCUGUUGUUUGCGUUGUCUUUGACUUAACUGAUGAAAAUUCAUUUAACAACUGCUCCAAGUGGUUGGAUGCUGUUAGAAAUACUGGUCGUUAUCUAACAAUCCCUGGUAAGAAUUAUGUUUUAUUGCUGUAUUCUCUUAGUUUAGAUUUGACUGACUGA